UCGUAGAUUUUUUGACGCAUUCGCUCGCUUGUAAGUACGUUUAAUCUGAUCUCAUGGUAAAGCUACUGGUACCUGUUAUCUUGAUGGGCAUCCAGCGCGCGUCGGACGGGCUGGUGACCGCGCGGUUCUUCCCGACCUAUCCGGAGCGCGCGGUCUCGCUGUCACACUGGCUGGCGGACUGGAUUUCCUUAGGUGCAGUCCCAAUAGUGACGUUAAAUCUACAAGUCGGUUGCGAGGGCGAAAUCCCAGACGCGUGGCACCAUCAAAUGGUGUUCGGCGUGUCAGCAGAGGGGGUGUAUCUCUGCAACCCUGUCGAAUGCGUGCCAGAGUCUACGCUAUGGCCGCGUCUUACGUCUCCCUCGGUUCUUCUGGUUAGAACGAGAGACGUGCUAUCAAGGUUCACCGCUAGCACGGAUUUGUCGCCGCUGAUGUUUGUGCCUGAUCGACGCUUCCACACUUUUAAUGUUCUUGGUCAAGUAGCCAACGUGAUACGCGAAUGGCGCUCCACCGGCUGGUCGGAACACGGGACACGGACGCGUCACGUGCGACUCCCGUGCGCUUACACCGCGGGCGUCACGCUCGCCGCGCUCACCGGCUCCGAGGCGCACCGCCGCCUCGUGCACGCGGCCCAGCUGCCCAUACUGGGGCCCGCGCCCGAGCGAUAGGGCAACACUGCAGGCAAGAGAAUAAUACUACUGGCAACACUCAGCCUCAGACAACACUCUGGCAACGCUCGUGGAUAGAGGAGCUUCCGAGGAAUUCAAAAUAGAGCUGCGAGCCAGGGAAGUGUACAUUUACCUAUUCCAUUAUCAUUCUUAUUUUAGUACUUUUACUGUUCCAAAAAUCGUAAGAUGACUCCGUAAAAUGUGCCCGUAAAUUUACGUAUACGUACGUAUUACUCCGUUACGAACGAAUCGGAAACAAAAGAGCGAUUCACGUGUAAAAAACUAUCAAAUUGGUAAAUAUGGUCUAUUUUCCAUUAUCAAAUACUCCACAACUACCUUUAGAGACACGAUGCGCGUUAAAACAAUUCUAUCACGCUCACCUGGCCGCGCAUGCGGCUCAGCUGCCCAUACUAGGGCCCGCGCCCGAGCGAUAGGGUUCCACUCGGCCUUGGAACUGCUGGAAACACUCGUGGAUAGAGGAGCUUCCGAAGAAUUCAAAAUAGAGCAGCGAGCCAGGGACCUUUACCUAUUACAUCGUCAUUCUUCUUAUUUUAGCACGUAUGACUCCAUAAAAUGUGUCCGUAAAUUUACGUAUACGUACGUACCUACCAACCUCUUUCAAAAAUAAAAGCGUGAUUCAUCUUAGCCUAAAAACUGUAUCAAAUUGGUAAAUUAGGUUUAUUAUCUAAUGCCAAAUGCACCAUUAUCUUUCGAAAUAACAUGUGAAUGUUUAAUAUUUUUCUAAAUACAUGCGUAUUCCAUUACUGCAAAAUCGAAUUGUCAAUAGAACUGAUUUUGAAAAUUGAGAACUUUCGCUUUAAGUAUACGAGAAGCAGUAUUUGAGAAUACAAAAGAGUUAAUAAAAACCGAUUCGCAAAUUAAUUAAUCGCUUAAUUUAAAUAAUAGUAAGUGGAGUGAUUACUCGAAUGUUUUUCCUCUAAAAAGUUAUCAAACCAGCCCAAAUAAUAUAACUAUUUCGAUGCUUCAAUAGCUUCGUGGUAUUCGAUUCCUUCAUUUCCGAUUUUACGAUUUAUUGUGAAGCAAUUAUUUAAAAAGACAAAACUAUUUAUUAACACCAAUUAUAAGGUAUAACAUUAUUGUAAGCGUUUAUAUUAUUAUUAGGAAGACAUAUCUAAUGUAGAAGUACCGAUAUUAUUAUGAUUCUUAUCGUUUUGUGUUUGAUGGUCAAAAAUAUGUAAAAUAAUUAAAUAUACGGUGAUUUGCAAGAUCACUAGAGUGUUUUGUGUUUUAAAUUAAGUAAAAGAAUUAAAGGAUCUUACUUUACAUAAUGUGUAUUAUCUAAACCACCGUGCUAUAUAAAAAACCGAAUUGUUUUUGUUAUGUUUGAUGAUUGAUUAGUAGCAUUUCAAGUUAGAAACAGUUGUCAGGAAAAGUAAAUUUGUGAGUAUGAAAGUAAACUAACAACUACUGGCCCUUUACAAGUGCUUGACUAUUUUAAAGGAGGCUUCAGUUGGUUAUCUAAAUUAAUUUCGUUCUUUCAAAAACAAUCAUAUACCGCCGCAACUCAAUAUAAAUGCUCUUACUCAACAAUUUAUUAUUUAAGGUUAUUAUUACGUAAUAUUAAAUAUCGUAAGAUUUUCUCCAUACGAUUUAGGGAUCAUGAAUAAAUUAUGUUUCUUUCCUAUUUGUUUUUGUAAUAUGAUUUGGUCUCAUCUUAUCUAUUUAUUCUUUCACUGUCUUCUCAUUCUUCUGUCAGCAUAAUUUAUUUAUAGUCUCGCAAUAUUGUUAUGUUGUUAUUUCCAUGUAAAGCUUCAUCAAUAUCGCUCAAAUAUUUUGUUAUUGCGUCAACAUAGUGUAAGUAUAGAACUCAUAGUGAUUCGACGUUUCACAAUACUGAAGCGUGUGAUUGGCUAAAUUUUAUUAGCCACAUAAAAAUAAGGUGUAAAUAUUCCUGUAAAAGAUAUAACGUAAUUUAAUUAUAUAUUAGUAAAUUGGUGCUUACUAGUCAAAAUUAUAUUAGCACAUACGUCUGUAACCGUUGCAACACUCAUGUACGUUUGUUAUCAUAAUUGCACUUACUGUAAACAUAUUCUGGUAUUUCUGGUUAAUGAGACGGCCGUCUAAUAUAUAGUUAUGUUCAUCGUAUUCUAGUUAAUUAAUCGUUAAUAAGUUUGCCUGAUUGAGGAAAAUCAGCACGAAUUGCCGUCUCGUUGAAUUGAAAGAAUGUAUCGAAAUACAUAGGUUGUACGUUUUUACUUUAUACUAUUGAGAUGUUUUACUUAAUUAAAUUGUGGAGUGAUUUCAGAAACAUUCAAAGAUUUUUCAUUGAAUUUGCAGCCUUAAAUUAGUUAAAAUUGCCACAAAUUUGGUCGAUUCUAAAAGCGUGGAUCUAAAAAACGUUGGCUUUACCUAUUAAUUUUGUUUACGUUUGUACUGAAUACUUUGUUACUCCAUAAAUAAAGUUUAAGUAAGUAAAACAUCUUAAUUUUAAGGCAUGAUCCAAACAGACAGGUUUGACUUUUCUACAUUCGGUUUUGUAGGUUUCCUCCCUUUGUUGGUGCCCUUGUCUUGUCUCUCUUACUCAAUCUACUAAAGGCAUAAGAGAGAUAGAGAGAUGGAACCCAAAACAUAGAAGUGGCAUUGUAGAAUGGGUUCACGGGGUUCAAGAAACUAUUUGUAUGCAAAAAGUGUACCACCACUUUACAUAGAUCUCGAUAUGUAAAUGAUUCAUUGUAACACGGAGAUAACGCUACAAGACCGAAUUUAGCAUAACAUAAGAUAAUGAUUCCAUGUGUUUUACAUAUUCAUCAAGAGUACUGUUCUGUACGUUUGGCUCUUAUUGCUUUAUAAGCGCCUUAGAUUUGCAUUUUGUUUUUCCUGUAUGGGCCACGCCGCAUAUUCACACCGUCAUACUGUACCUUUUAUUUCUUAAAGUUGUUAAAUGUAUGUUUAAGUUGUAAAUUGUUCGUUGUAACUGUAUCCUCCUCACAUUGAUAUGCAAUAUUUGGUUCUUCUAAUGUGUAUCCACACUUGGAAGUAGUGUGAUAUAG